UUUACACUCAUAGUUGCUUUCCCUCUCUCACUCCCUCGAAGCUAACCGAAUUCACCGAAAAUGGAUUAAUCCUCCUCCAAAAUAUGUCCCCAGGCACAAUGACAAAACAAUGAGAUCUCUCAUGAAGAUGUUUCCACAAUCAGGGAAAUCGAUUAUCUUCGACACAUUUCCUGAUCCGACAGAUACCUGGGAGAUCAUCGAGACCAUCGGGAAAGGAACUUAUGGCAAAGUCUAUAAAGUACUCAACAAGAUCGAUGGCAGCAAAGCGGCUGUCAAGAUACUGGACCCCAUCCAUGAUAUCGAUGAGGAGAUUGAAGCAGAAUACAAUAUCCUCAAGGCUCUCUCUGACCACUCCAAUGUGGUUAAAUUCUUUGGGAUGUACUACCAGAAGGAUGUCAAAAACGGGGACCAGUUGUGGCUAGUUCUUGAGCUCUGCAAUGGAGGUUCGGUGACAGACCUGGCCAAAGGCAUGCUGAAGAGAGGGGACAGAAUGGAUGAGGCGAUCAUUGCCUAUAUCAUACACGAGGCCCUCACGGGUCUCCAUCACCUGCACAUCAACAAGACCAUCCACCGGGAUGUCAAAGGCAACAACAUCCUACUGACCACACAAGGAGGGGUGAAGCUGGUGGACUUUGGUGUUUCGGCCCAGUUGACGAACACUCGUCUCCGUAGGAACACCUCGGUGGGAACACCUUUCUGGAUGGCGCCGGAGGUUAUAGCGUGUGAGCAGCAGUUGGACUCCACGUAUGACGCUCGCUGUGACGUCUGGUCCCUGGGCAUUACUGCCAUAGAGCUGGGAGAUGGAGACCCGCCCCUCUCCGACCUCCAUCCAAUGAGAGCUCUCUUCAAAAUCCCCAGAAACCCUCCCCCUACCCUGUACCAGCCGGAGCUGUGGUCGGACCACUUUAACGACUUCAUCUGCAAAUGUCUGAUCAAGGACUUUGAGCUGAGGCCUAACGUUCUAGACCUGCUCCAGCAUGUGUUCAUCAGACAGAUUGUAGGCCGAGAGAGGAUCCUACAGAAACAGCUGAUGGAACUCAUAGACCUCAACCAGCAGAUAGGAACCACUGGGAAGACAAGCCAUCAUGGAAAGACAGACAGAAGCACAGACAGUAACGACAGGCAUGAGCGCAUCCACACCAAGAAAGGUGGUCAAAUUAUGUCAUCAAGCCCCACCCCCGACGAAGUGGAUGACCUUGUCACCCUGGAAGUACUUGAUGAGAAUUCAGUCACAGAGCAGCUUCAGAGGCGCUAUGCCAAGGACCAGAUCUAUACCUACGUUGGAGACAUCCUCAUUGCAGUUAACCCAUUUCACAAGAUGGAGCUGUAUAGCCCACAGUACACAAAGAUGUACAUAGGAGCGAAACGCACCGCGAACCCGCCACACAUCUUUGCUGUCGCUGACAUAGCCUACCAGUCCAUGGUGUCAUACAACGCAGACCAGUGCAUUGUAAUCAGUGGAGAGAGUGGUGCAGGAAAGACAGAGAGCGCCCAUCUAUUGGUCGAGCAGCUCACGGUGCUUGGAAAGGCCAAUAAUCGAUCACUCCAAGAGAAGAUCCUAUUGGUCAAUAACUUGGUGGAGGCUUUUGGGAACGCAUGCACCGCCAUCAACGACAACUCCAGCCGCUUCGGGAAAUACCUGGAGAUGAAGUUUACCUGCGGGGGGACCGUUGUCGGAGCGCAAAUCUCAGAAUACCUCCUGGAGAAAUCCCGCGUCGUCCAUCAGGCCACAGGUGAGAAGAACUUCCACAUAUUCUACUACAUCUAUGCUGGUUUAGCUGAACGGAAGAAACUUGCCCACUACAAGCUAUCAGACAGCAAAACCCCGAAGUAUCUGUUCAACGAGCACAUUAAAUUGGGCCCUGACAUAGUGAACAACACCUUCUACAAGGAGCAGUUUGACUCGGUGGAACAGUGUUUCAAAGUCAUCGGCUUUACCCUGGAGGAGCUGGGCAGUGUGUACAGUACUCUGGCUGCUAUCCUAAACUCAGGCGACAUUGAGUUUACCUCUGUGGCCUCCGAGCACCAAACCGACAAAAGCAACAUCUCCAACAUAGCAGUUCUGGAGAAUGCUGCGUCGCUGCUGUGUAUCCGUCCAGACGAGCUCCAGGAGGCCCUGACGUCCCACUGCGUAGUGGCCCGGGGUGAGACCAUCGUCAGGCCCAACACAGUGGACAAGGCCACGGAGGUGAGGGAUGCCAUGGGCAAGGCCUUAUACGGCAGACUCUUCAGCUGGAUCGUCAACCGCAUCAACACCCUGCUCCGACCCGACACACACCUAGGAGAGGAUGACAAGGGCCUGAACAUUGGCAUCCUGGACAUCUUUGGCUUUGAGAACUUCAAGAGGAACUCGUUUGAGCAGCUCUGCAUCAACAUCGCCAACGAACAGAUCCAGUUCUACUUCAACCAACACAUAUUCGCCUGGGAGCAGGACGAGUACCUGAAUGAGGAUGUGGACGCCAGGGUGAUUGAGUAUGAGGACAACCGUCCUCUCCUGGACCUGUUUCUGCAGAAGCCCAUGGGCAUGCUGUCACUGCUGGACGAGGAGAGCCGUUUUCCCCAAGCCACCGACCAAACCCUUGUAGAAAAGUUUGAAGACAACCUGAAAUCCAAAAACUUUUGGAGACCAAAAAGGGUGGACCUUGGCUUUGGAAUUCAUCACUAUGCUGGAAAGGUGAUCUACAACGCUGCAGGCUUCCUCUCUAAGAACAGAGAUACACUACCGGCAGAUAUUGUUCUUCUACUGAGGUCGUCAGAAAAUCAGCUGAUUCGCAAACUGGUCACCCACCCGCUCACCAAAACAGGUAAUUUGGCCCACACAAAGGGUAAAGGAAUGAACACACUCAUGAGCAUGCCUCGCACCCCAGCACACCCUCACCGCACCAUGAACUUUGCCAAGAUGGGAGUGCUUAAGUUAUACAGUUCUAGUAUGUCACUCUGUGAGGGUGAUACUGGAACUGGAGAGACCACCCACCAUCCUAGAGAGUCCACCAACAUGAGAACACAGACAGUAGCCUCCUACUUCAGAUAUUCCCUAAUGGACCUGCUGUCCAAGAUGGUGGCGGGACAGCCCCACUUUGUGCGCUGCAUCAAGCCCAACAAUGACCGGCAGGCCAGUAAGUUUGACCGGGAGAAGGUGCUGGUGCAGCUGCGUUACACGGGCGUCCUGGAGACAGCUAAGAUCCGCCGGCAGGGCUACUCUCACCGCAUCCUCUACACCAACUUUGUCAACAGGUACUACAUACUAGCUUUCCAUGCGCACAAAGAGCCAGAUGCGAGCCCAGAGACUUGUGCAGCUAUAUUGGAAAAAGCCAAACUGGAAAAUUGGGUCUUGGGCAAAACGAAAGUGUUUCUGAAGUACUACCAUGUGGAGACCCUAAACCUGAUGGUGAGGCAGACCAUAGACCGCAUCGUUCUGGUCCAGGCCUACGUCCGGGGCUGGCUGGGGGCCAAACGUUACCGCAAAAUACUGGAGAAGAGAGCACAGAGCGCUGUGGCCAUACAAUCAGCGUACAGAGGACAUAAAGUACGGAGGAGAUGUGCUGAUGAUAAAUUAAGCAAAGCCAAGUUUGAGACCUUCAUCACCCAGUUACAGGCUGUUUGCCGAGGUCACCUCGCCAAGAGGAAGUACAAGGAGUUGGUGGAGGAAAAAAAUAAAGCAGCAGCCAAGAUUCAGGCCCAUUACAGGGGACACCGGGAGAGGAAGAGUUUCAAAAAGAAAAGGGAGGCCAUUGAGAAAGACAGGGUAGAGAAAGAGAGGAUCGAAUCUGCCAAACUGGAGGAGGAAGAGAUGGCCAAAUCCGCCGUGGUCCUCCAGAGUAAUUACAGAGGCUAUAAGGAGAGAAAGAAACUCAGGGAGCGCCACAAGACACUGUCCGGAGACGAUUUGAGACUAAGGUCACCCUCACCUGUGGAGUUGGAGUCUGCUAUUAUCGAGGAGGAUGAAGAGGAGGAGCAGGAGUUUGCAGUGGAAAAGGAAGAGGAGAAUGGGUUGACCGAAGUUGCGGAGGAGGAGGAAGAGGAUGAAGACACGGCCAAGGCGGAAGAGGACGACGACGAUGAGCACACUGAAGUGGGUGAAGAGCUGGUGGACGAGGAAGACACAGAAAUUGACGAGCAACAGAAUGCAGAGCGAGGAGAAGGGGAGGAGGUUAACCCGGAACAGGAAGCUAAGGCAGCUACAGUUCUCCAGAGCAACUUCAGGGGCCACAAAGAGAGGAAGAGGCUGGUUGAAGAAGGCAAGAUCCCAGCAAGGAAACAGAGAGUUAUGAGCCCAACUGAAGACGAGACCGCAGAGGUAGAAGGUAUGUCAAAACCAGAAGGAAUGUCAAAGGUUCCAGAGACAGCAGCUGUGUCUGCAAGAGUGGAAGAGAAGGAGGAAGUAGAUGAGGCCAAGGCAGCAACGGUCAUUCAAAGUAACUUCCGUGGCCACAAGGAGCGCAAACGCCUGCAGGAGGAAGGAAAAAUCCCCAAGAAAAAGAAGGCGAAAGACGCCAAAGAACAACCCAAACAAGAACUAGUCCAGCCACAGGAGCCAACGCUAGAACCCCAACCAGAGCCGUCCACCGCAAGCCAGUCGGAGCCAGACGAGGAAAAAGCUGCUACCGUUCUGCAGAGCAAUUUCAGAGGACACCGGGAUAGAAAGAAAUUCAAGGAGGAGAGAGAACGGGUCAAAAGGAGCAAGGAGGAACCCAUGGUUGAGGAACAGGAGGAAGGAUUGAAGGUUGAGGACAGGGUUGUGGACCUCACCGAUGUAGAGCUGGUUCGCAUAGAGGAGACAGAGUCUCAGGGAGGGGAUAGGUAUGACGAGGAGCAGGCAGCGGUGAAGAUCCAGAGCCAGUUCAGGGGCUACAAGGACAGGAAGAACCUGAAGGCCACCAAGGCCACAGCCCAGAGAGAUAUGGAAGAACUGGAGGUCUUUUCUAAAGAGGUCACGACGUCUUCCCAGAACUACAUGACCCUCCAGCAGAAGCUGAACGAGAUCAUCCUGGCCCACCAGAUAAACCCAGCCAAUAACGGCAUGUUUGUCAAAGGGCAGUCAGUCAAUGGCUUUGCUGCCAACCAUCAGCAAUCAGUCGAUCUGAAAGUGUGUCGGACGCCUCGCAGAACCCAGCAGCCAAAGACACUCAACACCCCUGAGGACUCUACGUACUACAACCUCAUCCAUAGGUCUGUCCAGGAUGACAAACGCAGGCCACGGAAACAAGGUCCUGGGAAGCUGCUGGAUGUAGAUGACCAGUACUACCAGGGCCUCCCCACCAGUAGGUCCACCGGUGCCAUAGCCGGAGACAGACGCACCUCUCUCACCAGACGAGCAUCUCUCGAGAGGAGGCAGUCUAUCGAACAGAGGCGCUCUAUAGAGAGGAGACAGUCUUCUGCGAGGAGACAGUCUUCUGACAGGAGGCAGUCAACAGCUGCAGACAGAAGUCCACAGACAAGAAGACAGUCUGCAGCCGCCGACAGGAGGCAGUCUACUGACAAAAAACAGACUGCAGCUGCAGACAGAAGUCCACAGACCAAAAGACAAACUCCAGACAGGAGACAAUCUAGAGAGAGGGCAGUCUCCGAGCCAGCAGAUAAAAGGCACUCCGUUCCCAGACUGCCCUCUGCAGAGGGCCAGGACGACAACCCUUAUGACUACAGAAAGCUCCUGAGAAAGACCUCCCAGAGAAGAAGGCUCAUCAAACAGUACAGAGACUGAGCAGUGCCCUUCUCAACGUCAUACUCCAUUUAAAGCAAAUUGGCAUAAUACCUCCCUGUAUGUGACACCGCCAGAAGCAUGCCAUAACAUCUGACAUAAUGCGACAUGAUAGUUCAUUACUGUUGACUUUUGUUAACAUCUGACAAACCCUAUUUGAAUGUCUAAUGAGUUGCGUUCUAUGAUAGUGCUGUGUCAGCUGUUAUAAACUAACAUUGGUUUUCAUAAAAUGUCAUGACAGCUGGUAUGUUUUGCUUAUGGCAUUGUUAUGACGGUGUUGCGCCAAGCCACUUCCCUGUAGUUACCAGGUUGAGUUUGGGGCCUAUACAUAGCAGAUGGCGUCACGAACGGGUUAACUUUGUCAGUCUGUAAAUACUUGCGUCAGGCUCUUCUAAGAAGCAGAUUUGUUGUAUCUACUUUAAACAAUGCUGGUAAGCUUCAUUCACUGCUUAGUGUGAGCUGAUAAUGUGUUCUUUAUCCUUCAAAAUGUAUAUGAAAGGAAUUGAAUGUCAAAACAGAUAGAGAAUAGAAAUGAAGUGGUAUGUGGUGCAAGCCAUGAAGGCUCUACCUCUAGGAUCUGUUUCAGUGUAUUGUGAUCGAUUUAAAACAGGUUUACUACUAUUGAUGUCCAUGAAUAUAAUGUUGGAAGGAAUGUGGUCCUAUGUCAUUUAUGGUGAUGCACAGUGGGUUAUCAAACAAGGGUUCGUGGUGAUCAUUGGCUGUAGGCAGCUUUCGUUCCUGAAAUUCACUGCAUUGGCACUACCACUGUUUAUUAGUGUAUGGGUUUGUGAUGUACAGUAUGUUGAUAUGAAUGCUUCUUUGCUGCUUGAAUGGUCAAUAUUAUCAACUCAAACAUCAUUUUAUUACUGUUGUGAAGUGUACAUAUACAAAGCAAUACAGAUACAUGUAAAAGGUCAACGCUAAUUUGAAUACAUAAAUUGACCUGUAGACCGUAGUGUAUGUCGUACCAUCAGACCAAAUGUAAUGUCAUAUCGGUUUUUAACGCAAUAACUGCACGAUUUGAGGUUGCAAUGAUCUGUCUUUCAAUUGCAAUGUGUGUUAUUACAGUUGAUUACCAACCACGCUUAGUACUUUAUCUUGUUUAACUUUAAUUAAGUGGCUGUCUACAUAUUUGGGUCUUUUAAAAUACAUCAUUUAUAAUUUAUCAAAUAGUGUGUGGAUAUGUCAUUGCUCUCCUUGGUGUGACAUACAGAAACCUCUGAAGGGCAGAUAGGCUGCUGUACUUCCUGAUAAACUAUCAGUCCCUUUCUGCAUUUCCUGUCCAUAUUUUUUUUUGUCUUUAAGAGUAACUGUCCGUCCGUCUGCCAAGCUCCAUCCUUCGGCUUACCUUCCAUGUGGCUCUAACCGUUUAUUAAUUAAGAGAGCCCUUGGGGAUGUUGACAGCUUGCCCUGACAUGGACAUUUUUGGGGAAAGUUGUGAAAAGUAGUGCAUCUUACCUGGGAUCUGGUGUUAGGAGGGGGUUUGAAUGUAGACCCCAAUGUAAGUGUUCUGAUACACAGAAAGGGUUUUAAAACAGACUAGAAGUACUCUGAAACACCCAAAGUGGUUCUUUUAAUCUGAAUAUUGGUGUUGUGAAAACAGUUUUGGGGGUUUUAGUGCAUGUAAAAGGCAGCAUAAAAAAAUACACAAUCAAAAUAGUUAAGAAAUGCAAAUGAUUUAUAGCCGAAAUAUUGAUUGAUGAGGACCUGUGGAGAAUAUUUUUUUUGUGGAAUCUACCUUUUUUCAAUGCUUUAUUUAGACUGGAAACAAGAGGAGAUAGAGAAGGUGUGAAAGUGGGACAGGCAGAAGUAAGAAUUGAACCCUCGAAUUCUGGGGCAGGUAAAAUGGUACAUUUCAUUUGAAUUUUAUUGAAGUUUUACAAACUCAACCACCCACCACAAAAAGAUUCUAGGGUGAAUUGAAAUUGAUAAUAAAAAAAACUAAAAACAUACAGUAUACUUACUAAAAAUGAUUGCAAGUCAUUUCAAUGAUUUGUUCAUGUAAUUUUACCCAACAAUUUAAGAAUAAAUCCAACUUAACAUGUGGCUUAAAAGAUAUUUUAUGAGGAGAUCCAAAGCCUGAGAAAUUUGAGAUAUUGAACUAAUUGGUUUGAAUCCUAUCGUGCCACAUGGCUCUGUUUUUAGAGGAUUAUGGGUAAUUCAAAAGUGUUUAGAAUGUAUUCUUAUUUUACACAAUGGUGUAUGAAUGUUUGAAGAAAGAAAAGUAUAUUUACAGUAUAGUUUAGUAUUAAGCAGCUUGAUGCACCAUAAGGUGUAAUGGAUCAUGAUGAACAGAUAUCCAAAACUGCAUUUUUAAUGUUCAAUGAUGAGAAGACCCAUUCCCACAUUUCUAACUUUUGAUGGAAGAGGAAAUUGCAAAACAUGUUGCAAAACCUGGAGUUACUGUUGCCAAAAUGGGUUAAACAGGCAAAUGAACAGACACAUUAAUGAAUGCUAAACAAUAAAAUACUCUGCUCUAGACAGGAUUUGAAAUACCAUAAUAGUGUUUAGAAACUAUAGAGGGAGGAAACGGCACCAAAAGAGAAGUUAUCUAAUUCUGCACUAAACAGAAUACGAAAUACCAAUAUAGUUUUUUCAACCUUUUUUGGUAGGGCUCCCAGUCCUUGGCAAGGUGUUGUGCAACACUUUAUUAAGUGGUGUUACAACACACCAUGCAGUGGUGAUUUUAGCAUGUAAAUCUUGGUGGGGAAAACAUCAACAAAAGAAAUGUCAUGGGGAUGCAUGACAGGGAAGCCACUACACAACACAACACGAUACUAAACAAUACAUUAAUUGCACUGUAACGGUGACAAACUGUGCCCACAAAUGGUUAGGGCCUACAUAAAACUGUCCCAACAGCAGUUUUCUUUUCAGAACCAUGGAAUGAAUCCUUACCACUGCUACACCUGGCUAUCAGAGAAGACUUGUCUGGCACCGAAACAGUUCAUUCAGCC